UAAUGAAUAACAAAAACAAUAAUUAUUAAUUUUUUAGUUUUAAAAAUUGCUUAAAAAAAAUCUAGCUUGAAAUUUAAACAGAAAAAAAACGUUUAGUUUUAUAAUUUAUUCUUUUAAUACGAAUAAAAUAAUUGAACACGGAAUCGAACACAAAAUUUAUAAUGUUACAAAAGGAUGUCAAUUUAGAUAAUACUCCUAAGAAAUGGAUGUUAGAAAAACACAUACAAUUUUUGCAGUCCUUUGGUAAAGAUAAUCAUCAAUAUGAAAGCAGUAUGAUGGAAUUCCUCCGUAUGUCUGGUAUGUACUGGGGACUAACAGCAUUAUAUUUAAUAAAUGAUGGCGUUAUACCAAAACAAGAUGAAAUAUUUGUAUAUAUAAAAAGUUGUGAACAUAGUUGUGGUGGUUAUUCUCCAGCUCCAGGUCAUGAUCCACAUUUGUUGUAUACUCUUAGUGCUGUUCAAAUUGCUUGUAUACUUAACCGUGAAACUGAUUUACCAGUUGACAAAAUUGUAUCGUAUGUUACCCAACUACAACAAGUUGAUGGUAGUUUUACUGGAGAUAAAUGGGGAGAAAUUGACACUCGUUAUUCGUUUUGUGCAUUGGCUUGUCUAUCUUUAUUGGGAAAGCUCAAUGAAAUUAAUUUAGAUAAAGCUGUUGAAUUUAUCAACAGUUGUCAGAAUUUUGAUGGAGGUUUUGGUUCAAGACCUGGUGCAGAAAGCCAUGGGGGUUUAAUUUACUGUUGUAUUGGAGCACUAUCUAUUGCUGGUAAAUUAGACUUGGUUGAUGCUGAUGUAUUAGGUUGGUGGUUAGCUGAAAGACAACUUCCAUCCGGUGGUCUUAAUGGUCGUCCCGAGAAAUUACCAGAUGUUUGUUACUCAUGGUGGGUGUUUUCAUCAUUGAACAUUUUAGGACGAGACCAUUGGAUAGACAAAGAAGAGUUAAAAACGUUCAUACUUGCUUCUCAGGACAAUGAUGGAGGAGGAUUUAGUGACCGACCUGGAGAUGAGCCGGAUCCAUUUCAUACGCUUUUCGGUCUUGCCGCGUUAUCUCUCAUGUCCUAUGAUAAGAUUUUACCCAUAGAUCCUACAUAUUGUAUGCCAAAAAGUGUGAUUAACCGAUUAGGCUUGAAACCUCAAAUUCUGCCACGUCCGUAAUUAUCUUAAUCACAUCAAAAUAAUACUUAUUAUUAUUAUUUUUAUGUCUUUUUACUCGAAAAUGUAUGCUAAGUCAAUAAAUUAUUUAUAUAUUAUAA